AUGUUUUCUUCCCAGAAUCAUAAUCCCAAUUCACACCCUUUUGUCUUUCUUGUCCUUCUCGUUCUUCUAAUAUUUCCCAUCUCUUCUAAAUCUCAUGAUUCUCCGAAAGUAUUGACCAAUCACUGUGCAUUCGCCAACGGAAAUCGCUAUUACGAUUACGUAUAUACGGGUAAUAACAGCAUCCGUUACGUUGAGACACCUUUCGAUGGAGGUAAACCGUCGUGGAAGAACAUUACUAUUACAUCAGCAAUAACCUGGCCAAAUUUCACUCGACCGGCAUGUUCCGUUACGUCAGAUAAUAUCUUAUACGUGACAGGCAAGCCUGACAUAAUCAAAACAUUCGAUCUGAAUAAUAAUACAGCUGACUGGCAAAUACCACGAACGAAUGGAGUGUUGAAUGCAAAUAUAAGUACAAAGUUGUCGCAUCUAGAAGGUCAUAGGUCUAUUGUCGUGAAAACGUUAAAAGGCGAAGAAGUGCUGUUUAUUUAUGGAGGAUGUGAACAGUCGAGAGAUACAUUCAUUUUGAACGUGAAGAAUUUGACUUGGGAGACUGUGCUUAUAGGGCCCGACACUCCACCGCCAAUUAGCCAAUUUGGUAUAAUUUCUUUUAAAGACAACAUAUAUAUCAUUGGGGGAUCAAUAAUCAAUGAUACUCAUACUUAUUCCAACGAGAAAGUAUGGGCAUUCCACGUUCCAACGAGGAAAUGGUUUAAUCCGGAUAUGACUUUAAAUACCGUAUACGAUGGAUAUGCAGGGAAGCUUAACAAUACGGUUUACAUUAUUGACUCGGGUAAUCCGUCAAAAAUGUGGGCGUGGAAUUUAGUCGAUAGUAGCAAAAAACCACUAAAGGUCGCUGGCCCGCCGACUCCUUCUGUACAUGAUUAUUACGCUUUUGCGCAGUUGCCUGACAGUGAUGUUAUUAUUUCCUGGAACGAAACUUAUUUAACCGCAUUCAACAUGACUCAGCAAAAUUGGACUGAACAGGUCAACGUAACCAAAGUACCUGUUGAUCAGUUCUCUGGCGGACCUCUUGCACCUGGCCAAGAAGACCCAUUCCCACCACAAAAAAUAAAUUCAGACAAUUCAGACAAUAAACGACUUUCAACUGAUGCGCCUGUACCUGUUGUUGUGGUAGCCGCUGCAAUUGGAGUGGCAGCGGGCCUAUUGAGGCCCAGUUCACAGAUUUAUCGACCACCCAGAUUUGAAGCGUCUGGUUUUCAGAGUGAGCGUUAUUCAGUUGCGUCCGAGACAAUUCCAGUAUCCGACUUUCAAACAUUCAGAACUUUACCUCGUACAAUUAAAGUAAACUCCACCGCCUCCUUACAAUCGAAACUUAUAAACGAUCUCUAUGCUCGGUAUAAAGUGACGACUAUUACGUCUGAAUCCCCAUUUAUCACUUCGGUCUCUCCAUCAACGCCAGCUGGUACAGUUAUAUUCGACAGGUACAGACUCAACGGGGCACCGGCAUACUGUGGCAAUAACUCUGUUCGCCAUGCAGAGGAUGAGACUGUGAGUGAAGAAGUGACAAUAAAGUUUUUCUCAAACUAUGACUCGUUUGAGCGCGAGGUGGUAAUGUUGAAGUAUCUUCGAUCACAAUUUGUUGGUGAAUUUCGCGACUUGUUUGAUAUCCCCAAUGCUACUAAUUGGAAAUACGCUAUGAUCAUGGACCAGUAUUCUAUGAGCUUGGACAACUUUAUCGUGAGUCGAUCAGAUAUCAUGGAUGAAUUAUACAUAAAGAUGGUGGUGAGAUCGUUAGCACAAGCAAUCCAGCAUGUUCAUAAUCACGGGAUAGUGCAUCUGGAUAUUAAACCAGGAAACUUUGUCCAUGAGGUGGGAAAUAUGAACAAGUGGAGACUGAUUGAUUUUGAGGCGGCAAGGGUCGAUGGAGAAGAAUAUGUUGAUAGUAGCACAUUACGAUAUUCGUCACCUGAAAUAAUCAACGCGGCUGCAUUGCGUACUAGUAUUAAAGCAGAUAUAUCAAUGGAUAUGUGGUCGUUAGGAUGUAUAAUAUAUGAACUGUAUACUAGAAGUCCUCUCUUCUCCUGUGAACAAGAUGCUAAGGCUAAAUUAUUGGAAGCAUAUUUUACGGAAGACUUUAUUUUUCCUGCUUAUAGAGUAGCCGAUACUCAAGCAAGGCAUGUGCUUCAGAAAUUGUUAAUCAGUAAUCCUAAAAAGAGAGCUUCCAUUGAGGACAUUCUAAGAGGAGCAUAUUUGACCGGUGGGGCUGAUACAACUCAGAUAUACAAUAUGCAGUCAGAAUCUACCGAGAAACUUUCUGCUCAGCUAUGCAAUAUACAGUCAAAGGCCACCGAGAGAAUUAUUAGUGCCAUAAACCAGGCCGCUAAUGUGAUAUUAUCACAAUUUGAUGUGAUAGUGAACAGCAUAUCCGAUACUAGAGAUGCGACUGUCCCCCGACUGUUCAUGUUAUUUCCAGGGAAAGAGCCUCACACAAUGUUCAAACCACACGCUUGGGGAAAAAAUACUUUUAUACUCCACAUUCUUUGUGAGGGUCUUAUCUCUGAUAAUAGCGAAGCCCAUUUCACCAUCCAUCAUGGCUACAAGAUAUUUGAUCCAAAGCCGUUCCUCGCCAAGACUGGUCCAUACCUCUCUAUCUUGGCCACUCUCGUAGGCUCGGCUGUCGGUUUCUUUACAAGACUGCAAUUCCCGGAAAAAAUAGCGGACGCAAUCGAUAGUAUAGCAACUAACCAAAUGGACUACUUCAAAAAAAUAAGCGAAGUUAUCAACCAAGCAGAAACGGAUGGGUUUAUUGCAAAAGAUUUAGCAGCAGUACCGAACGAUCCACUCAAUAGGAUGAAAUGUGCGCAGGGCCCUGCAAUGCGUGAACUUGAGGCGUUCUUGGCUGCUAAUGAUCCUUCGCAUGAAUUUGGUGGAUUAUAUCGAAUCACCAUGAAUGACGGACGAUGGAGAUGGGUUUGUAAUGGUUGCAGAGAAAGAGCUUAUGAAAAUCAUCAAGAUUAG